AUGGUUGCACUACGGAAUUUCCGCCAUCAAAUUGCCGACUCUGUGAGAAGACUGCUGCGUUCACCUCGACGUUCACCAACAAGGCUGUUCUUCAGGAAAAAAGGCGAUAUGCACUCAGAUUUGAGCUACAAGUACUGGGCAGUAAAUGAAAAUGGCUGUGCUAUAAUGUUCCGGCCGUGGCUGCUCGACAGUACAGUUCUACCGAUGCUAUCAGUUCUGGAUGGAAUUGACCAUGAGCAAUCUUCGCCUCUAGUACGAGCAGAUUCUCUCCGACUGUGA